AUGGUCACUACAAGUGAUCAAGAGGCUGAAGAGAAGCAAGGCAAACUCUACAAACAGCCUGAAGACAACUCAACAGAGGAGGAGGAUAGAGAUCACCCAGAACCAAAAAUCUCACAACAAGAGUUGCUUAAGCUCUAUGCACCAUUUCCCCAACUGCUCAAUGGUGCUGUGGGAAAGAGAAUGUACUCAAGGUUCUUAGACUUGUUUGCAUCUUUGAAUGUGAACAUACCAUUCAUCAAGGUCAUUCAGCAAAUGCCAGCAUUCAUCAAGUAUAUGAAGGAACUACUUCCCAGUAAGAGCUCACUCAAGGGGGGCCAGACUAUAGUGAUGAACAAGGAUUGCAGCACCCUCAUUCAAACACAAUUGUCUGCGAAAAGAAAAGACCCAGGGAGUUUUCAUAUCAAUGAGAUACUACCUACAGAUGUAGUCAUAAGGCUGGCUGACAAGACUCAACAGCAUGCAGUAGGAGUGGUGGAAAAUGUGUUGCUCAAAGUUGGAAAAUACUUUCUCCCAACGGACUUUGUCAUCUUGGACAUGGAAGAGAGUCACCUGCACCCAAUCACAUUGGGGAGACCAUUUCUAGCUACUGCUAGAGCACUUAUAGAUGUGGAGAAAGGGGAGCUAAUAUUAAGGAUCCAUGAUGAAUAA